UCACGAUUAUUCAAAGUAACUCCAAUGUCAUUUCUUGCCUGCUUCUUUAUGCUAAUCAGCCUAGCCCACUCGGCUCCUCCCCCUUCCAGCCUCCCUUAAGAACUGUUCACUUUCAGCUGUCACAGAGGGUAACUCAGACCAGGCUUAGAAAUCACUUGAUUUAACUCAGGAGCACUUUUUUCCUUUGUGUAUGUGUUACUCUAGCAAUCAUCUCUAUAAAUACUCAGGGCAUGAGAUUUCAUGCCAGCAGAAGGAGUCAACAACUGCAAAACUGUCAUCUGUUAGACAUAGUUAUUUUGCAGGAUUUUAUACUAUAAGUGGGGACAGUUUCAAUGUGUUUUGAAAUGAAAGAAGAAUUAAGUUGUGCUUUUCUCCAAAUGAAUUGUCAUCUUCAUAUGUAGGAGAAGUUACAAGUUGGUAAAUAACUUGAAUUUCAAGAGUCAUGACUAGUAAACACUUGGAAGUUUAUUAGAGAAGUGAAUGUUUUUACAUGCAAGGACGAGAUCUGCUUGUACCUAGAUGCUUCUGGGUGUCGUAUGAAGACCAUUUUAGGUGAUUGGCCGAGGGAAGGAAAUACUCUAGGGAUACUGAAGCCACAGUCGUACUGCCAGUACCAUGUCUGCUAUACAAAGAAAAGGCAGCAGCCACCUGUUCAACAGUUUGCACACCUGUAGACUGAAGCUUCCGGAGGAUCAGCAACAUCAAGAAAAAUCUGUCAUUGCGCAACCAAUAUUUGUUUUUGAAAAGAGAGAACAAACUUUUAAGAGACCUGCAGAAGACACCCUGUAUGAAGCAGCAGAGCCUGAAUGUAAUGGGUUUUCAAGAAAGCGCAUCCGGUCUUCAUCUUUUACUUUGCAUACUGCAGAUUCUCAGACCCGAGGAGUGUCAGCCUUGUCCCAGAAACGACUAAGAUCAUCAUCCUUCACGGACCUCCCGACCUUCCCGCCUUCUGGGCCAGUGAAGAAAAAUAAUGUUUUUAUGACAUCAACUUUUGUGCAAAGGAAUAUUGAUACAAACAGUGCAGAACAAGGUCCCGUGAAACAUUCUGAACACAUUCUAAGACCUGCUAUUUUACAGCCACCUCAAGCUCAAAGGUGUUUAAAAAUUUCUGAGGGAAACUCUUAUUUGCUAAGUGAGAAUUUACCAAGUGCCAGAAUUUCAGUCCAGCUAUCUACUAACCAGAAUGUUUUAGGUGCUACAUCAGUGGGAUUUCAGCCAAAUGAAGAUAAGUAUUCUUUUAAAAGCUGCAGUUCUGAUUUCGUUUUUGGAGAAAACAUGGUAGAAAGAGUUUUGGGUUCUCAAAAACUCACCCAGCCUCAACUUGAAAAUGAUUCAUACAUCAAGGAAAAACUAUUCAAAUUCACUCUAAAAUUUCCAAUCAACUCUCCAAACUCAAGAACAGACGCUAAUGAAAAUAUAACCCUAAUUGAAUCAGCUGCUGCUUUCUCUUCUAAACCAUCACCAAAAUGUUUGCUGGAGAAAAUUGAUGUUGUAACAGGGGAGGAAGCAGAACACAACGUGUUAAAGAUCAACUGCAAGCUUUUUAUAUUCAACAAAACAGCACAGUCCUGGAUUGAAAGGGGCAGAGGAGCUUUGAGACUGAAUGACGCAACAAGCAGUGAUUGUGGAACAUUCCAGUCAAGACUAAUUAUGCGCAACCAAGGCAGCCUCAGGCUGAUUCUCAAUAGCAAACUCUGGGCUCAAAUGGAGAUUCAAAGAGCAAACCACAAAAAUUUACGAAUAACAGCUACUGAUUUAGAAGAUUAUAACAUCAAAGUGUUUUUAAUUCAGGCCAGUGUCAAAGAUACAGGAUGUCUAUAUGCAGCAAUACAUCAUCGUCUUGUUGCACUUCGAAGCUUCGACAAGCAGCAAGAUGUAAAUCAAGCUGAAAGCCAGCCAGAAACAGUCCUCCAGCAAUUUAACUGUGAUAGCUGUGAUGAGGAUGAGGAUGAUUUCAUCCAAGUCACAAAAACUAGAUCAGAUUCUUCCAGGUGGACCCACAGACAGUCAGUUGCCUGUUCAUGAGCGCUACCUACUAUAAAUAUGACAACAUCUAC